AUGAAGCUCGCCGCACCCAAGGUCCCCACGUCCAAUGCGGCGAGCGUCGAUCCCGACAACAACCUCUUGACCGUAAAUGGCUCAAACUCGGCGCCACCUACGGGCUCUGCGUCUGCGCACCGCAUGACCUACCACACCACUCUAUCCACGACGCUCGCCAAUCUAGAGCUCAACUCGGAGCACAAGUAUCACGACCUGCGGAAUGAGGACCUCAAGGACCUCAGGGAGCUGGGGCAGGGUAACGGGGGCAGUGUGAAGAAGGUCGAACAUUUGCCCACCGGAACUAUCAUGGCAAAGAAGAUUGUCUUGAUCGACGCGAAGCCCUCGGUGAGGAAACAAAUCCUCCGAGAGCUGCAAAUCAUGCACGAUUGCCAUUGCGACUACAUCAUUUCCUUCUACGGCGCAUUUAUCUCCGACCCCAAUAUCUGCAUAUGUAUGGAGUACAUGGACAAGGGCUCCUUGGACGGCAUCUACAAGAAGAUCGGCCCCAUUGAUAUCGAUGUUGUGGGCAAGGUAGCGCUCGCUGUACUCGAGGGCCUCACUUAUCUGUAUGAUGUACACCGGAUUAUCCACCGUGACAUCAAGCCCUCAAAUAUCCUCUUCAAUUCGAAGGGACAAGUCAAGAUCUGCGACUUUGGUGUCUCUGGAGAGCUCAUUAACUCAAUUGCGGACACUUUCGUCGGCACCUCUACAUACAUGAGCCCGGAGCGUAUACAGGGCGCGCAGUACACUGUGAAGUCCGACGUGUGGUCCCUCGGCAUCUCGCUCAUCGAGCUCGCGCUCGGCCGGUUCCCAUUCGCGGAGUCGUCCUCUGACGACUCGGAUCUCUCCGACUUCGAGGGCACGCUUUCGCCCAGCCGACCGCACCCCACUAUCUCACUUACGAGGGAGCAGAAGGACAAGAAGAAGAAGCGGAAGAGCAAGGGGGUCAGCCUGCAGGGCGGGGGCAUGACUAUGAGCAUCCUCGAGCUCCUCCAGCACAUCGUGAACGAGCCUGCGCCUCGUCUCACACCCGAGGGCCGAUUCCCGAGGGAGGCGGAGGACUUCGUGGACAGCUGUCUGCUCAAGGACCCGGAUGCGCGGAAGACACCGAAGGACCUGCUCAAACACUCAUGGAUCGAGCGGUCCAGGACGGCGACGAUAGACCUCGAGGCGUGGGCUUCGACGUUCUAG